GGCUGCGGGAUCGCGUCACUGGUGCGCGCCGCGGGUCCGGGCGCGAUGGCGGCGCUGGGCGGGGAUGGGCUGCGCCUGCUGUCGGUGUCGCGGCCGGAGCGGCAGCCCGAGUCGGCGGCUCUGGGCGGUCCAGGCCCUGGGCUGUGCUGCUGGGUGUCAGUGUUCUCCUGUCUCAGCCUUGCCUGCUCCUACGUCGGCAGCCUCUACGUCUGGAAGAGCGAGCUGCCCAGGGACCACCCUGCCGUCAUCAAGCGGCGCUUCACUAGCGUCUUGGUGGUGUCCAGUCUCUCGCCUCUCUGCGUGCUACUCUGGAGAGAGCUCACAGGCAUCCAGCCAGGCACAUCCCUGCUCACGCUGAUGGGCUUCAGGCUGGAGGGCAUUUUCCCAGCAGCACUGCUGCCCCUGCUGCUGACCAUGAUCCUUUUCCUGGGCCCACUGAUGCAACUUUCUAUGGAUUGCCCAUGUGAUCUUGCAGAUGGGUUGAAGGUUGUCUUAGCCCCUCGUUCCUGGGCCCGCUGCCUCACAGACAUGCGUUGGCUGCGGAACCAAGUGAUUGCGCCCCUGACAGAAGAACUGGUAUUCCGGGCCUGCAUGCUGCCCAUGUUAGCACCGUGCACGGGCCUGGGCCCUGCCGUGUUCACCUGCCCACUCUUCUUUGGAGUUGCCCAUUUUCACCACAUUUUUGAGCAGCUUCGUUUCCGCCAGAGCAGCGUGGGGAGCAUCUUCUUAUCUGCAGUGCUGGGGCAGGAAGAACAUGCAGGUGUGGUCACUCGAGGCCUCCCCGUCUCCAGCGUUCCAGUUCUCCUACACAGCUGUCUUCGGUGCCUACACUGCUUUCCUCUUCAUCCGCACAGGAGUGACAAGUUUCUUCCACUCUGGUCUCUGAGACAGGCAGAGCCGGGGCUUUCAUUCUGGACACCUGAUUGGGCCGGUUCUUUGCCACUCCUUCUGCAAUUACAUGGGCUUUCCUGCUGUGUGUGCAGCCCUGGAGCAUCCGCAGAGGCGGCCCCUGCUGGCAGGCUAUGCUCUGGGUGUGGGACUCUUCCUGCUUCUGCUCCAGCCCCUCACGGACCCCAAGCUCUACGGCAGCCUUCCCCUUUGUGCGCUUUUGGAGCGAGCAGGGGACUCAGAGGCUCCCCUGUGCUCCUGACCCAUGCUCCUAUGAACUCUCAUGGGCUCCCCAGCCCCUCCCCAUCAAGGGGUACUGCAGGGGAGGAGCUGGCUGGGGUCCCCGAGAUCUCAGGAAUUUUUGUAGGGGAUUGAAGCCAGAGCUAGUUGAAUCCCAGGGACCAAGAGAAAGGAGCAGAUAUCCAAAGGGUGCAGCCCCUCUCCAAAGGAGGUUGAGGAGCAGCUGGGAGUGAGGGGACGAGGGGCAGGUCCCAGGAGCCGUGCACUCCCUUCCUCACUUUGGACUGCUGCUUUUGAGCUCCUCUGCCCCCCUCUGCCUCUGAAAAGCUGCUCGGGGGUGGAAUUUACAAAAUCCCUCCCCCUCAACUUCCCAGGGUUUUCUCAUUGUCUUUUUGCAUCAGGACUUUGUAUUGAGAUAUUAAAGAGAUUUAACUUGGGUAACA